AUGUUCAAGUGCCGGGUGUGCUCAAUCGUCCCGUUUGCGAGCUUCCUCGGACUUGUGGAGUCCAAUGAAGACGAUGAUAAUCUGCAUGUGCGCAGGCGCGGCAGCUGCGACGAUGACUUCACUCCGUCAGUGAACGGGAGCCAGGCCAGCUACUCCGCCUCGGAGAGUGAGGCGGCGAGAGAUCGAAGAAGCGCCGAGGAAGUGGCAUAUCUAGUGAAAGCGUGGGACACUUACGUCCAUGAGCGUGCCAAGGCACUGUGGAAAACUCCGGCAAAGCGCUACUCCAUACUGGCCAGCAUCGCUAAAGAGUGCGGCCGUGCCGAUGACCCAGUUCUCGGCAACGAUGUAGCCUGCGUGCGCUGGUACGGUGACACCGAGGACGGUAACCCCGUAAUCACCGUCAGCCGCCCAGGCGAGGCUAAGGGCAGCACCACUUACGUGAGUCGUAUGCUGGUGUUCCUCUUUGCAGGUGAGCAGCCGAUGCGCAAGGAAUCACGUCUCCGCAGAUCAGCAGUCCUACGAAAUUAUCGACAAGGAAGUCUACCGCGCGUUCGAAAUGGCGUGUGGCAACCGUUGGUGCAUAAAUCUCACGCACAUUUCGCUCGCAUGAUGUCGUCUCCCUAG